AUGAGUGAUCUGGGAGAUAAAUCAUCUGAAAUUGCUGAAGCAAAUGGAAAUGUGAAUAAUGAUAAAUCAAGGAAAAGUUGGGUCAAGUUCGAUGAUGAGACUCCUCAAACAAGUGUAUUACAUAUAGAACCACAGCCUCUAAAUGAAAGUCCAAAAUCAGGUACUACUUUACAUAGGUCUGAAGUACCUGCUGUUUUGAAAACAGAGUCCGUACACGUAAAUUUGGAACGCGAAAAAUCUGUCGAACCUGUGUCUCAAAGUUCUGUGAUGAAGAAUGUGGAAUAUAUUAAUGUACGCCAUGGAUUUAAAAAUGGUGACAUAAUUGUGACCUUGUUACCUACAAACACUAAAUGGCCAUGGAUAACGGCCGCACGAUUUCGUCCAGAGCUAGUCCCAGAAGAAUUGAUGGCGCAAGGAUUAACUCUUACAGUUGAAGAAUAUGUCCAUGCUAUGGAACUUCUUGUAAAUGAUGCUCGCUUUACAUUAUACAACAUUUGUUACAAAAGAGUUUUAGUCUGCUGGAUAACUAUUGCCUUCCUUGUUCUUCUUACACUUCUAUUCUCUGGCUUAACAGGACUUUUAUUAUUAUCACUUGGAGUUUUGUGGUUGGUGUUAAAUGCUUUAGCAAUAUUCUUGUGUAUGUGGAUAAAACUCAAACUCUCUAAAGGACUUGAACAGUGUUUAGCGAGUGUUAACAAACUAUUAAACAAACAUAAACUGCUGCUAGCAUUGGAUGAUAGGGGAAAGUUAUCAUGUCACAAAGUAAAUCUAUGCUACAUUUACUUUGACUCUGGACCUUGUAUAGCACAUUUACAGCAAUUUAUUGAAAGUGAAGAGGGUAAAACAAUAAUGCAGGGUUGGGAACAGAGACUCGAUAUAUCAACUAAUGAUAUUGUUAUACAAGGGAAUAAUGCAACAAGAUUAUCAAGAAAACAGGAUAUGGCAGAGCAAAUUUUCCUGCGGUACCUUCAACGGUGGGGAAAAGACUACUUACGUCGUCGGCUUGAUUGGACGUUGGACGAAGAAGGUGGCAACCCUGCGGCUCCACGGCAUUUAACACAGGCUCUAUGCCCUUGUCAAUAUAGCGAGGAAAUAUUGCGGAAUAAAGAGCCCAAAGAUACUAGGGCCUGUUGCCCACUCUGCAACGACUGGCUUAGGCGACGCGGUCUGGACUGA